AUGUUUCGUCUGGUCCUUGCUCGGCUGGCGCCACGACUGGCGGCGGUGGUCACGAAGACAACCAAGACGAAGAGAGCGGCAGCUGCGGCUGCGGCUGCGGCAGCUGCGGCGGGAUCGACGGCGGUGGUGGCAGCGUGGUGCUCGGGUGAGACCGAGACACCGCCGCCGGGCUCAUCGGGCUCGUCGGGCUCGUCGGGCUCAUCAGGCUCGUCGCCAUCGGCUGAGACGGUGGUGGUCGGCAUUGAUCUGGGGACGACCAACUCGUGCGUGGCGGUGUGGCGCGGCGGCAAGGUUGAGGUCAUUCCAAACGAGGCUGGCGGGCGGACGACGCCGUCGGUUGUGGCCUUCACCGACAGCGAGCGCCUGGUGGGCGCCGAGGCUGUGGCACAGGCGCCGCGGAAUCCGGCCAACACCGUGUACGACGCCAAGCGGCUGAUCGGGCGGGCGUAUACCGACGCGGUGAUCCAGGACGACUUGGCGACGUGGUCGUUUGCGGUCAAGGCCGGACGCGAUGGUGUUCCGCUCAUCUGUGUCGACUACCUCGGCAAGCCGCGCGAGUUUACGGCGCAGGAGAUCUCGGCCAUGGUCCUUGCACGGAUGAAGGAGAUUGCCGAGGCGUAUCUCGGCCACGAGGUGGUGCGGGCGGUGGUCACCGUGCCGGCGUACUUUAACGACGCGCAGCGCAAGGCGACCGCGGACGCCGGCACCAUUGCCGGGCUCACCGUCGAGCGGAUCAUCAACGAGCCGACGGCGGCGGCGCUGGCAUACGGCCUCGAUGCCGCCACACCGGCAGGCGACGCCGAGAACCACGUCCUGGUCUUUGACCUUGGCGGCGGCACCUUUGAUGUCACGCUCCUCACGAUCGACAAUGGGCUGUUCGAGGUCAAGGCGACGGCCGGCAACACUCAUCUCGGCGGCGAGGACUUUGACAACAAGCUCGUCGACUUUCUGGCUUCUGAGUUUGAGCGCAAGUACUCGCGGAGCGUCCGCGGCAACGCCAAGGCAAUGCGGCGGCUGCGGGUGGCGGCCGAACGGGCCAAGCGGACGCUUUCGUCGGCGAACCGCGCGGCAAUCGAGAUCGACUCGCUCGUCGACGGCAUCGAUUUUGACACUUCGAUCACCCGCGCGCGGUUCGAGGAUCUCUGCGGCCAGCUCUUCCGCGAGUGCCUCGAGCCGGUGGCGCGGGUCCUCGACGACGCCGGCGUGGCCAAGUCGGCCGUCCGCGACAUUGUGCUCGUCGGCGGCUCGACGCGGGUGCCCAAGAUCCAGGCCCUGCUCUCGUCGUACUUUGGCGGCAAGGAGCUGUGCAAGUCGAUCAAUCCCGAUGAGGCCGUCGCCUACGGCGCUGCAGUCCAGGGCGCCAUCCUCGCAGGCGUCCGCGACUCGAAGCUCGGCGACAUUCUGCUUGUCGACGUCACGCCGCUCUCGCUCGGCCUCGAGACCGCCGGCGGCAUCAUGACCGUCCUCGUCCCGCGCAACACUCCGGUGCCGACCCGGGUGGAGAAGACGUUCACCACCCACGCACCGCGGCAGACCUCGGUCACCAUCAACGUGUUUGAGGGCGAGCGCGCGCUGGUCGCCGACAACCACCCGCUCGGCUCGUUCUCGCUCUCGGGUAUUGCCCCGGCGCCGGCCGGCGCGCCACAAAUCGACGUCCGCUUUGCCGUCGACGCCUCGGGCAUCCUCUCGGUCCGCGCCCUCGAUCGCGCCACCUCGGCCGAGGAGACCAUCACCAUUGACGCACACUCACGCGGCGCACUCUCACCCGACGAGCUCGAGCGCAUGGUCGCCGAGGCUGCGCAGUUUGCAGCCGCCGACGCCGCCGCCCGCGAGCGCGUUGCCGCCCGCAACGCUGUCGAGCGCUACGCCUUUGACACCAAGGACCGCCUCUCGGCGGCUGCCGGCGCUGACGGCGUCGGCGAGGCCCUUGUCGCCGUCGACAACACCCUCUCGUGGCUUGACGCCAACUCGGCCGCCGAGGUCGACGAGGUCGAGGCCAAGGCCGACGAGCUCCGCACUGUGGUUGAGCCUGUCCUCCGCAAGAUCAACGAGAACGACAGCGGCAGCGAGAGCAACGCCAGCGACGAGUAA